AGGGAGGAGCGAGGAGAGAGGAGGGAGGAGAGAUAGCCCUGCCUGUUCUGUCCUCCCGUGGACUAGCUGGACUCUUCACAAGCCGGUUCAGGCGUAAGUAGUCGGUUCGAGGCACAGAAAGCUUCGGGAUGGGCGAACCGGAGGAUCCCGCGCUGAGCGCUAAAACCACCGGGUCCAAGUUGCUGCUCCCUGUCAGUGAGUUCUUUGGUUUCCCUCUGGAUCAGGUGAAUUUCUUGGCGUGCCAGCUGUUUGCGCUGGCUGCUGCCUGCUGGUUUCGCCUGUACCUCCGUCCCAGCCGGGCCAACCCACGGGUCAGGCACGCUGUGGCCGCUCUGCUCGGCGUUGUCCUUCUCAUCUUCUGCUUUGGAUGGUACUCAGCUCACAUCCUGCUCGUGGUUUUGGCAAGUUACUUGAUCAUCGUGAAAGCCGACAUUAACAAUGUACACAGGUAUUCCAUGGUGACGGCUAUGGGCUAUUUGACAGCAAGCCAAGUGAGCCGAGCCUUCAUCUAUAACUACGGCGUUCUGUCCACUGACUUCUCUGGGCCUCUGAUGAUAGUAACCCAGAAGAUAACCACACUGGCUUUCCAGCUCCAUGACGGUAUGUGUAAGAAAUCUGAACAACUGAGCUGCAAGCAGAAGCCUCUGGCUAUCACUGAGAGGCCUUCUCUCCUUGAGUACCUGAGUUACAACCUGAACUUCCUGAGUGUCUUCGUGGGGCCGUGCAGUAACUUUAAAGAGUACACAGACUUCAUAGAGGGCACACACAUCGGCCGGAGGCUCAGGCAUCACUCUGGGACACGUAACGGGCACAACGGCUACGAAAAGACACCGGAACCAUCCCCCGUGAACGCCGUCUGCCGAAAACUACUUGUCUGCGGCGGGUGCAUGCUGGUCUUCCUCACUGUGACUCGCUCUCUGCCGAUAAAGUACAACGUGGACCCCCAUUUCGUCAGCCGAGCCCCCUUCCUCACAAGGCUCGCCUACGCCUUCUUCUCUAUUCAAGCAGCAAGGCCCAAAUUCUACUUUGCCUGGACACUAGGUGAGGGGGCUGAUGCAGUCAACAACGCUGCAGGUUACGGUUUCUUGGGGUUUGGUGAAGAUGGGAAGCCAUCGUGGGACCUCAUCUCUAACCUUAACAUCGUAGGGAUUGAGACAGCAACUAGCUUCAAGAGAUUCAUAGACAACUGGAAUAUUCAAACAGGAGUUUGGUUAAAAACUGUGUGUUAUGACCGAGCCCCGAGGCACAGGUUGGCCUUGACCUUCAUCCUGUCUGCCCUGUGGCACGGCGUCUACCCUGGAUACUAUUUCACCUUCAUCACUGCCAUCCCCAUCACCAUGGCAGCACGAGCGGUACGGAGGUCCGUUCGCAUCUAUUUUGUGGGCUUCAGAGGCUUGAAGCUGGGCUACGACAUGGUUUCUUGGGCAGCCACUCAGCUGUCCAUCUGCUACACGGUCAUGCCUUUUCUCCUCCUCGCAGUAGAGCCCACUUUGGUUUAUUACAGGUCGAUGUACUUCCACGUUCACAUCAUCAGCAUUCUGGCCGUGAUCGCCCUGCAUUGGAAACACAAACCAAGUAAACCUCCUGCCACCACCAAGAGGUUCUCCUCCUCCUCCUCCUCCUCCUCCUCCUCUUCUCCGGGCUCAGCGCAGUGCCAGCCUGUUCACUCCAACAAUAUUGACAAAGUAGAUUGAAAAUUCACAAUUUCUGUCACUGGAUGUACAUGGAGGGAACUAUUGUGCAGUAGUGUAAGAUUAGCACAAGAGCAGAACCUGAUUCGGACUCUAAGACGUCUCAUGGAACAGGAGCACAGCGUGCAAACCGGCGAGACAACCACAACCUCUAGGACGCUGGCGUCCUGCCGCCCCCACUUGUCCUCUUUCUCCCUCCAGGCCAAAUCCCCACACCAGCCGGCUCCAACAAUGCAGCAGUGUAAAGAGGGAAUGGAGGCUGCCGAUUGGUGGGAUCUGAGCCAGCACAGUGGGACACACACAUCCGGACACUGGGACACACACUCUCUCCUAGACAUGUCUCGUACGUCUCACACUCUACAUACAAAGGCUGCUCUUGUGAGGCCACGACAAAAGGGGAGAGACGGCCCUGGUUAGUAUGUGUGUGUAAUUGUUUUAGUCCCACUAACCUUUAUCACUGAGUGUGUGUGUGUGUGUGUGUGUGUGGACCAUGUCAUAAAAACCUGUGGACUGUGUUGGCUCUUCUCCCACUGGUAUUUUCUACCGAGUGGGUGGAAUGAGACUUGCGGUACUAGUUAGACCACGCAGCUCUCUACCUGGCCUGAAACUGCUAUUGUGACGGAUUAUAUGGAAGGCUUGGCAGCUCCUCCAGGUGAGGAGACAAGACCAUUCUGUAGAACACGUCCUCUUGCUAUGCUUUCUAUGGAUAAUCACCAAGCUUUUGUUUAUCAUUUUUGGCAUCCUACAAUUGUAAAGUGAUGAAAUGACGCUCAGUUGGAAGCAGAAGCAAACGUUUUUGUUAUGAUUAAAUGAGUCUUCAGACCA